CAUUGCUCCGCCCCCUGGCACCGAUUCGGCCCGUUUCGGCUCCGAUCGAGUGCGUUCGGCGUGGCUCGGUUGGGUUCGGCUCCGUUCCGUCCCGUCCGUCCUGGUUCGGCUUGACUCGGCCCGGUCCGGUCCGGCCAUGGGCUGGCYCCUGUUACUGACCGCGGCCGCGCUCCUGGCCCCCGCCGCCGCCUGGGAGCCCUUGGCCGAAGAGGAGCAGCUGUUCAAGGCCUGGAUGCUGCAGAACAACCGGUGGUACGGCCCGGACGAGUACCCGCGCAGGCUGCGCAUCUUCCUGGACAACAAACGGCACAUCGAGGAGCACAACGCCGGCAAUCACAGCUUCCAGAUGGGCCUGAAUCAGUUCUCGGAUCUGACCUUCGAAGAGUUUAAAAAACUGUACYUGUGGAGUGAGCCCCAGAACUGCUCAGCGACCAAGGGSAACUUCCUGCGCAGCUCGGGGCCGUAUCCCGACUCUAUCGACUGGAGGAAGAAAGGAAAUGUCGUGACACCUGUGAAAAACCAGGGUGCCUGCGGGAGCUGCUGGACCUUUUCCACCACAGGCUGUUUGGAGUCUGCUAUYGCCAUUGCCACAGGAAAGCUGCUCUCUCUGGCGGAGCAGCAGUUGGUUGAUUGUGCCCAGGCCUUUAACAACCAUGGCUGCAGUGGGGGCCUGCCAAGCCAAGCCUUCGAGUACAUCCUGUACAACAAAGGGCUCAUGGGGGAGGACAGUUACCCGUACCGGGCCAAGAACGGCACCUGCAAGUUCCAGCCAGAGAAAGCCAUUGCCUUUGUCAAGGAUGUUGUCAAUAUCACWCAGUAUGAUGAGGAUGGCAUGGUGGAAGCUGUGGGGAAACACAACCCMGUGAGCUUUGCCUUUGAGGUGACGGCUAACUUCAUGCACUACAGAAGAGGAGUGUAUUCCAACCCACGCUGUGAGCACACCCCUGACAAGGUGAACCAUGCCGUCCUGGCCGUGGGCUAUGGAGAGGAGAAYGGGACUCCUUACUGGAUCGUCAAGAACUCCUGGGGCCGGCUGUGGGGCAUGGAGGGGUAUUUCCUUAUUGAACGAGGCAAGAACAUGUGUGGUCUUGCUGCUUGUGCCUCUUACCCUGUCCCUCAGGUGUAGGAGGGCAGUGCAGGCCGGGGACAGCAGAACAGGGCUGGAGUGACUGAUSGUGUUCCAAUUUCCGAGUGCUGGAAUGACGAAAGGGAGAAGGAGGCRCAACGCCUGCCUGCUGAAAGCUGUUACCUGCAGGCACGUUCCUGGGCUUGUACACAAAAACCUCCUACAGCAGCAAGAGCUGUGCCUCCUCCCUUCAGCCAAACCCAGCCGUGCUCCGUGCCAGGUUCCCCGCUGCUGCCAGCCGUGUGUGCCCGGGUGUGCCUCCAUCCUGUCCCAACCAGGGACACCUGUAGGAGCAGCAGGGGCUGCUGGGGUGCUGGGAAACCACACAGGCACCGAUUUAGGGCACACGGAGACCCCCCCCCGUCCUUCAGGUGGCUUUUUUUUUGCAAUCACCAGGUGUAAAUUGUAGCGAUUUUAAAAUUUUCUUAAAAGGCAAUUUCCCUGUUCUGUAAAAGGAUGAAUGCUGUGAUUUAUACGCUUUAUCUAUUUUCACGAAAUGUCUGCUGUUUUUUAUAUUAAAAAAUAGGGUAUUUUAAUGCACAUAGAGAAGAAAAGGGUGAUUUUUCUUUAACCCAUCARUCAAGACUCGAGAAAAUCAGUGCUGAUUGUGAACAGGUGCUGGGGAAAUUAAGCCGCCUAUAAAUAGAGGCAUGUCUGUGUUAUUUCACACUGAAAUUUGGCACUGACAAUAAAGCUGUCUCG